AUGGGUUUGAAGCCGUAUUUUGGCCUUCGGGGAAAUGCCCUUCUCCGCGCCGCCCUCUUCUUGGUCGUAUGCCCAACCUUUACUUGCUAUGGGUACAACAUGGGAGUGACCGGUGGUCUCUUAACGCUCGAUGCAUUCAAUUCGCAAUUUCCCCGAAUGGACACAAUUCAUACCCACGGGACACAAAACAAAGAGAACUCACAAAUGCAAGGCACCGUCAUCGCCCUCUAUACCGUCGGAGGUAUCUUUGGCGCCCUAUCAUGCAUCUACCUUGGUGACCUCUGGGGCCGACGUAAGGUGAUUUUCAUAACCAACUUCGUCAGUAUCAUCGGCGCCAUCCUUAUGGCAGCAUCUUUCGAUUUUGCCCAAUUUAUCGUCGCGAGACUAGUCCUCGGUUUGGGCAUCGGUGGAUAUGUGGCGACGGUCCCGGUCUGGCAAUCUGAAAUCUCGCCAGCGCAUAAACGAGGAUCCAACGUUGUCACUGAUGGCAUCUUUGUUGGGAUUGGUGUGACUCUUGCCCUAUGGAUUGAUUUGGGCUUCUAUUUCGUCAAAGACAACUCCGUCUCCUGGCGGUUCCCUCUCGCCUUCCAAAUCGUUAUGCCGGUUACUACAAUGAUUUUCAUCACAAUGCUGCCAGAAUCGCCUCGCUGGCUCAUCAAGAACGGACAGGUGGAGGAAGGACGCAAAGUACUCGCGGCAUUGCUCGAUCUCGAUGAGCAUUCGGAUGAUGUCAAUGAGAACAUUCUCAGCAUCGAGACAUCUCUUGCCUACUGCCCGGGAUCAUGGAUGGACAUGUUCAAAAACGGGGAGCAGCGGCUGUUUCACCGCGCAUACCUCGCUGCGACGGGCCAGAUGUUCCAGCAGAUGUGUGGUGUGAAUCUGAUCACCUAUUAUGCAACAACUAUUUUCCAACAGUACCUUGGAAUGGACGCUGUGGACUCUCGGGUCCUCGCUGCUGCAAUGACAAUGAUGCAACCCCUCGGUGGUUACAUCGCCUAUUUCACCAUCGACCGUCUCGGCCGCCGCCCUCUCAUGUUGUGGAGUGCCGGAGCCAUGGCAAUCUGUAUGGCAGGCCUCGCUGGCACGACCUCCCCCUCCGCAGCCAAUAACACUGGAGCCCUCGCCAUGGCCGUGGUCUUCUUGUUCUGCUUCCAAUUCAUCUUCACAGUUGGCUACUGCGGUCUAACGUUCCUUUACGCCGCGGAAAUGGCGCCUCUUCAGGUCCGUGCCGCAGUGAAUGCGGUAUCCACUGCCACUGUGUGGGCUUUCAGUUUCAUGAUAGCUCAGGUAACCCCUGUUGGUUUCUCCACGAUCGGAAACCGUUACUAUAUCAUCUUCGCCGUUGUCAACGCUGCUAUCGUGCCUAGUGUGUAUUUCUUUUUCCCCGAGACCAAGGGGCGGUCACUGGAAGAGAUCGACGAGAUUUUCGCGCAGUCCAAAUCUAUCUUCGACCCACCUCGUGUAGCUCGCGCUAUGCAAAGGCGUGCAAUGCAGGUGAGGGAAUCUAACUCCGAUUGUGGCGAUAAUGCCGCCAAUGACGUUGUUCUCAGUGAAGAGGUCAAGGCGUGA